GUUCUGGCAUUGCUCACUCUGCAGCUCCCAAUGAGACUUCCAAAGAUCAUCUCGCAUCUCGCUUUGAGCUUACCAUCACCGCUGCUAUCGACCAUGGCGUGGCAAUGCUCCGCAACCUCAAACACCGGUUUAGUUGAUAACCUCAAACAUGCUGGCUUGAUAUCUUCACCGCGUGUUGAGCAAGCCAUGAAAGCUGUUGACCGAGGGAAAUAUGUGGAACUGGAUCCAUACGAGGACAGCCCUCAGCCCAUCGGAUACGGCGCAACUAUCAGCGCUCCUCAUAUGCACGCGUCUGCGUUGCAGUAUCUGGAACCAUUUUUGCGUGAGGGCGAUCAUGCAUUGGAUGUCGGGAGCGGCUCCGGCUAUCUGGUCUCUUGCAUGGCUCGAUUGGUUGGAACGACUGGGAAGGUUGUGGGCAUCGAUCACAUACCGGAGCUUGUAGAAAUGGGAAGGAGAAACAUUCAGGGUGACGAUCCAUCUGUAUUCAGCUAUGCUGAGUUAGUCGUCGGCGAUGGACGACUGGGAUAUGUAGCGGAAGCUCCAUAUGCUGCGAUACACGUUGGAGCGGCUGCGUAUCCUAUCCCUGACCAGUUGAUAGAUCAACUCAAAUCACCGGGUCGGAUGAUCAUUCCCGUCGGAAAGCCUCACGGGCGUCAGGAGUUGAUGCAGAUCGAUAAGGACGAGGAGGGGAAUGUGCAUUAUAAAGAGCUGAUGGGAGUGAUGUUCGUUCCGUUGACGGAUAAGCAUAAGCAGGUUUGAGAAGCAGGUGUACGUAUUUGGGUUGGAAGGGCAGCGGGAGGACGGAGAGAGAACUAUGGUUCCUCUGAGUUUUGGCUCAAUAUAAAAGUGUAGGGUUUUAAGGCAGCGUAUGUAUAUAUCUGUACAUAGUUUCACAAACCUACUGUACUUGUUUCUCAUUCUCGUUGCCCUAGUGGAAUCUGACGGAAAAAACCUU